CCUGGCCUUGGCUUUGGGCUGGGGACUUGGGCGUCAUGGACCGGGCCCAGGACCAGUUUGACAUGACGACUGACAGCAGCCGAGACACGAAUUCUCCACGACCCUCCUCCCCAUUGAUCCGAAGCCCAGAUCCAGAUCCCCGAUCCCAAAUCCCAAUCAGACUCUGGCCGGUCUGAUAUGUGAGACUGAGGUAUGAAUGGCAAACUCAUCCCCGUCCCCGUCUCUAUCCCCACAACGGCCGACCACCUCCGAAGCCAGGCCGGCACUACCACAACAGCACCAGCAGCUUCAACAGCACCUUCAGCAGCACCAGCAUGACCACCAAGGCCAGGGUCAGGCCCAGCCGGGCCAGCAGCAGCAGAACCAACAGCCACAGCCGCAGCAGACGGUCAAGAAGGCCUGCGACAACUGCCGGCUGCGCAAGACAAAGUGUGACCUGACCAACCCAUGCACCAAUUGUGCCUCGCGUGGCUUCGAGUGCACCUAUGCCACCCCCCAUCGCAAGAGGGGCCCUGCUGGACGCCGUCUCAACGAGAUCCGGGAGCGCGAACAGAAGCGAAUCCGAAACGCCGAGUCAACCUCCGUGGCCUCGUCCUUCUCUCCCUCGGCCCCUGUCCUCUCCGCCUCUAACCAUGAUGCCGCCGAUGCAAGCCCCGGAAACCCCCGUGGCAUGCCCCAGCAGAAUCUUCAGCAGCAGCAGCAGCAGCAUCAAGACCAGUUCAUGUUUGGCGCCGAUUCCUCCGGCUUGUCAGGUGCUGCCGACCAGGUCUCGGGGCUGAACCCGUCAUGGGACGGCAUGCUUGCCUCGUUCGGGGCCGCCUCCGCCUCGCUGGCCGGUCCGACCGCCUCUGAUUCCCCGGACGGCCGUGCCGGGAGCGCCGCCUCCAACACCUUUGACGACCUCGUCUUCUCCCUCCGCCAGUCUCAGUACAACAACCACUCCCUCGCCAACGUCCCCGGCCACCCUCCGAUCCCCCAGCACGCCUCCCCCGCCAGCAGCAGCAAUGUCCUUGCCGUGCCCACCAGCGGCUGGCCCGCAGUCAUCACCGACGAGAACCUCAUCCGCUGGCUCGACAUCUACUUUGAGCGCCUGUAUCCUACCCUGCCCAUCCUCAAGCGCUCCUCCGUCUUCGCCCGCCUCCUGGCCCAGGAGCACCGCACCAACCCGGACUUUGGUGCCAUGCUGCUCUCCCUCUCCGCCUUUGGCCUCAUCCAGCCCGUCCGCGUCAGUGAGCAGCGCUCCGCCUCGUCCUCGUCGCGCCAACAGAUGGUCGACCUCCUGCUCAUGGAGGCUGUGCGUAUGCGCACCGUCGUCGACUUCGGCCAAUCCCCAACCAUGGACAUGAUCUUCACCUCCGUCUUUCUGUUCGCCUGCUUGUUCCAGAAGGGCCAGCACAACGCCGCCUGGCUUAGGAUGCGCGAGGCUGUAGAGCUGGGCUGUAUUUUCGGCCUCGACAAGUUCGACUGUUACAUGAAUUGCUCGCCCGAGCAGAAACAGCAGCGGCUGCGGGUUUACUACCUGCUGUCCGUGACGGAAAGGGCAUACGGCCUGCAGCGCCACCAUUCUGUCGGAUUCGUAGGCGAGCCCAGCUCCCUGACGCACUCCCUGCUCGAGUCCAUCUCCGGCGUGGCCGACAGCGCUGACUCCUCCGGCAUCGUCAUCCAGGACGACGCCGAGGCAGCCGGCAUGCUGGGACUUCUACUCCUCAUGAGGCUCUUCGACCCGAUAAACGAGGACUUCCUCCGCUGCUGGAACGGCCACUGUAAGAGCGACCUGGGCGGCUGCCGUUUUCUGAACGAGCGGGUGGCGGCCAUGAUCUACGACCAAAUCAACCGCCACAACCUCGAGGGCAAGACCUCACCAACGGCCACGGCCACAGUUGCCGUCGCCGCGGCUGACCGACCGCCGCCGCCGGUCCCGUCGUGGCUCUCUGGGGCAGCCGCCACCUCCUCCCAGCAGGCCGACAUACUGGUGAACCAGCAAUGGCUGCUCAACCGCCUGUGGCACUUGUGUCUUUCGCAUAAGCUGCUUGUCCCGCAGUCGGGCCAUGCUGCGCUCUCCAUCUACAACGCCGUGGCCAUAGCCGAGAACACCCUCAGGAUAUGUCAGAACACGCCGCUGGCGAGCAUCGAGGUGCAUGGCAUCGGCAUGAUCGAGAAGCUCUACACCAUCGUCGAGAGCGCCAUUGCCGCGAUACAGUACUGGGAGGCAGCAGAGGACGGGCAGGGCGGCACAGACGCCCGUGGGACCCCGGGCGGCCUGCAGCAGCGCCUUGCACACAACAUCCACCAUCGCAAGCCGCUGCUCAAGGGCUAUCUGGAGCUAUUCAAAACCAUACGGGCGGGGGAGCAUGUUUUCCUGACCAAGUACAACGCGCUAGUAGGCCAGGAGCUGGGCGUGGUUCUGGAAUAAGGGAGGCCCUGCAAGCGGCCAUUUUCCGGAUGUAUAUACCUGAUUGACAACAUGUGCAAUUUUCACGA